CGAGGGUUUGUUGACAACUGGCAACACAAUUCGCAAAAGUCUAAAAGUCUUCAGUUGUUAAGAAGUGUCAAACUUAAGAAAAAACAAAUCUUCAAAAUGUUCAAAUUGUUCACUGUCUGCUUCCUUGCUCUCUUCGCUGUCGCUUUCGCUGCUGCUAAGCCCGGUAUAUUGGCUGCCCCAGCUGCCCUUGCCUACACCGCCCCAGUAGCUGCUCCAGUAGCCUACACCGCCGGUUAUGCGCCCUACAUUGCUCCCUAUGCCAGCAGCUAUUCGGCUCAUUCGAUUGCCCACUCUGCCGCCUACCCAGCGGCUUAUGCCGCCGCUCCAGUUGUUGCCGCAGCCGCGCCCGCCGUUGCUGUGCUGCGAAAAUAGAG